CCGCCCCUUCCUGCGUCCCCGGGCUCUCCCGGUGACCGGGCCCCAGCGCUUCCGCUUUUGGCGCCCGGCGCGGCCCCGCGCGCGGCGGAGGCCCCGCCCGGCGGGCGCCAUCAUCGUCCCCAAACCGGUUCCAGACCUGCUGCGGAACGCCCCGGUGCGGGCUCUGCCCGUCCCUAACGAGGGCGCUGGGCCUCGGCAGGCCUCCAGCCGGGCCCGCCGCCGCCGCCGGUAAUUAGAGGCUGGAGGCGGUGCCAACCGUGGGCGCAGCCAGCCCCGGCGGCCGGCGCAGAACCGGGAUGGUCCAUGAGCGGCCCCGCACGGCCCGGCCUAGUGCGGGGAGGUGAAGCCCGCGGGGGGGUGACAGCCCAUGCCCCCAGGACACGGCAUCAUCGGGGCCGGUUCAGCCGGCUGAUGGCCCGGGCAGUAGCGGCAGCGUCGGUGUGGGUGCGGGACGGCAGCCGGUUGUGCCAGUGAACGUUUUCGGGGGGAAAUGAGCGGUGGGAGGUGUGUGGACAAAGGGAGCUCCUGUGGAGAUGCAGCAGGUUGAGCUGCUUGAUGCUUUGGAGCCAGAUCCCUGCGGGGGAUGUCUUAGAGCCACGGAGCGAGGGUGGGAGCAGGAUCCCAAGAACCAGCACUUUGGGGUUGGGACCUGGUGUCCCAUCGUACCCAAGGAUGUUUUCUCCUUUGCUCUUGACUCUCGCGUCCCCCCAGGAAGGUAGAGGUGAGCACUCCUUCCCUCUGAGGUAGUGUCUGCAAGGCUUUGUUAGCACCUCCAGGCACAGAAAGGAGCUUUUUGCUCCCUGGAUGCUGUAGGGCCCUCCCCGCUUGCAGUGGGAAGCGCAGAUAUCGCUUGAUUGGCAGUAAACUGGAGAUGUCACUUCAGGAGCUGCCUGCUUUGGUGUCUUCAGGACUGGUGUGCAAGGACUUUGGACCGAGCACUGGUGAUAUCCUGAGCAUCAUUUCACCUUCCUUUGGGUUUCCUUGGUGGUGCUUCUCUCCUUCCUAGGGAGAAAAUUAGUUUAAAGGGAGAAGGUGGAAGUCCUGAAGGUGCAAAUGCUGCUCCUUGAGCUGCGGCCCAUAGAGAUGGGGGGUGAAGAGGGGAAAGUAACCUGGAAAACAGAACUGCACCAAGCACAGACCAUAUGGGUGGCCGUGUCCUCUCUCUUAUAGGGUUCUGGGAUCUCUCAGAAGUUCAUCCCAUCCCUCUCAGAUCCCCUGUGUCCCUUUCGGAUGCGCUGCCAAUUGCCUUCCCCCUCCUUGCCCUUGCAGUACCUUGGCCACUGACUGUGCUGGUUUCUCUCCCUUGCAAUUGCCUCACAAAGUCAUCCCCAUCUGUUGUCCCGUAGAUGCCUCACUCUAGAAGGUACCGCUCAUCGGAGCGCAGCAGCCGAGGCAGCUAUCAUGAGCGCUACAGAAGUCGCAAACACAAGAGACGGCGGACACGGUCGCGAUCGAGCAGCAGCGAGCGUGACCGUCGGCACCGUCGGGAAGAUAGUUACCAUGUUCGGUCCAGGAGCUAUGAUGACCACUCAGCAGACAGGAGGGCCUAUGACCGGCGUUACUGUGACAGCUACCGGCGGAACGAUUACAGCCGUGAGCGAGGGGAAGCCUACUAUGAACCCGAGUACCGUCAUUCCUACGAGUACCGACGCUCCCGGGACCGCGAGGGCAGCUACCGGAGCUGCAAAAGCAGCCGGCGUAAGCACAGGCGGAGGCGGCGCCGCAGCCGGUCCUUUAGUCGCUCCUCAUCGCAGCGGAGUCGACAGAGCAGCAGAAGGGCCAAGAGUGUGGAGGACGACGACGAGGGGCAUCUGAUCUAUCGCGUCGGCGACUGGCUACAAGAAAGAUAUGAGAUUAUUAGCACCCUAGGGGAAGGCACGUUCGGCAGAGUGGUGCAGUGCAUCGAUCACCGGAGGGGUGGUGCACGUGUUGCUCUCAAAAUCAUUAAAAACGUAGAGAAAUACAAAGAGGCUGCUCGACUGGAAAUUAACGUGCUGGAGAAAAUCAACGAGAAGGACCCUGAGAGCACAAAUCUUUGUGUCAGGAUGUUUGACUGGUUUGACUACCAUGGCCACAUGUGCAUCUCCUUCGAACUGCUGGGGCUCAGCACCUUUGAUUUCCUGAAGGACAACAACUAUCUGCCUUACCCCAUCCACCAAGUACGGCACAUGGCCUACCAGGUGUGCCAGGCUGUGAAAUUUCUGCAUGACAAUAAACUCACUCACACUGACCUCAAGCCGGAGAACAUCCUCUUUGUGAACUCUGACUACGAACUCUCCUAUAACCUGGAAAAGAAGCGGGAUGAGCGGAGCGUGAAGAGUACAGCCAUCAGAGUGGUGGACUUCGGCAGUGCCACGUUUGACCAUGAGCAUCACAGCACGAUUGUCUCUACCAGGCAUUACCGGGCCCCCGAAGUCAUACUGGAGCUUGGCUGGAGCCAGCCCUGUGAUGUGUGGAGCAUUGGCUGCAUCAUCUUUGAGUAUUAUGUGGGCUUCACCCUGUUUCAGACACAUGACAACCGGGAGCACCUGGCCAUGAUGGAGAGGAUCUUGGGGCCAAUUCCUUCUCGGAUGAUCCGGAAGACGAGGAAACAGAAAUAUUUCUACCAUGGCCGCCUGGACUGGGACGAGAACACCUCUGCUGGCCGCUAUGUUAGGGAAAACUGCAAGCCACUGCGGCGAUACCUGACCUCUGAGGCUGAGGACCAUCACCGCCUUUUCGACCUCGUUGAGAGCAUGCUGGAGUACGAGCCGUCCAAGCGUAUCACCCUGGCUGAAGCCCUCAAGCACCCCUUCUUUGACGUGUUGGAGAUGGAGCCAAGCACAAAAAUGUGGGACUCUAGCAGAGACAUCAGCCGGUGACGCCAGAGGUGCCAGCCUGCCCUCAGAUUCUAGCCCCCGUGGAGGCCUGUGUGAUUUCUAGACACUUGGUGCUUUUUUUUUUUUAUACAUGAGAAGAACUCCCUGGACAUGCUUGUAAAGCUGUUAAUAUGUGAGAUACUGUAAAUAGCCCAUAUUCUAUAUCGGCCUCUGAGCACCAUGGGCCCAACCUCCUGCUGUUGCUGCUGCCGCUAUCGUGAGGCGAGGGAGCCUGUAUGUCCAUAUUGUAAAUACCUCUGUUCGUGUGUUGCUUUGUCUCCUCUCCUGCCCUCCUCGGUGUAAAUACUCCAGGGCUCGCAGCUCUCUGUAGCUUGUCUGUUUCCUUGUAAGUUAUGAAACUGGUGGGACUGCAUGGGAAUUAUUUUUUGGAUCAAUGUCAUAGCCCAUCCCCACACCAGAGUUUUAUAAGAAUUUUGUACAGUCUUUGUGAAAAAUAAAUAUGAAGUGAA